ACUCACAACAUUAAUCCCCUCCCUUUUCAUUAUACACAUAUAUAUACAUAUAAAUAAAUAUAAUUUAUUUUUCUCACAAUGUCUUGUUCUUGCACACCAACUACUAUUGCAUCCUAUGUUCUUGUCUCUCUUCUUGCUCUAGUUCUCUUUCUCGACAGUGCACGCCUCGUGCAUUGUCGUAAUAAGCCCGGGAAGCCGCUCUCGGUGAACACGACGCAAGUCGAGUACUCGGAACGACAAUUCAUGAAAUGGGUCGAUUUUGUUGGAAGCCUCAAACAUUCUCUCUUUAAGACAGCCAAAAAUAAGGUUUUCCCUUCUUACACCCUAACCGUCGAUAAAAACCCCGCCCACGGCGACUUCACUACCAUCCAAGACGCCGUUAACUCCCUCCCGAUUAUCAAUCUUGUCCGCGUCGUCAUCAAGGUCCACGCCGGGGUCUACAAGGAGAAGGUUUCGAUACCCCCAAUGAAAUCUUUCAUUACAGUGGAGGGAGCAGGAGCAGACAGGACCAUAGUUGAAUGGGGAGACACCGCACAGACACCGGGACCUAAGGGCCAGCCCCUCGGCACAUAUGGCUCUGCCACUUUUGCUGUUAAUUCUCCAUACUUCAUUGCCAAGAAUAUUACAUUCAAGAACACGACGCCGGUGCCGCCGCCGGGUGCGGUGGGGAAACAGGCGGUGGCAUUUCGAAUAUCGGCGGACACGGCGGCGUUCGUGGGGUGCAAAUUCUUGGGGGCUCAGGACACAUUGUAUGAUCACUUGGGAAGACAUUACUACAAAGAUUGCUACAUCGAAGGUUCUGUUGAUUUCAUUUUUGGAAAUGGACUUUCCUUAUUCGAGAGGUGUCAGGUCCAUGCAAUUGCACCGGUGAUCGGAGCGGUGACGGCGCAGGGCAGGAGCAGCAUAUUGGACGACACCGGGUUCUCGUUUGUGAACUGCAGGGUAACCGGGUCGGGCGCACUCUAUCUGGGCCGGGCGUGGGGCCCAUUUUCCAGAGUGGUCUUUGCCUACACAUAUAUGGACAGCAUCAUCAUCCCCAAGGGAUGGUACAAUUGGGGAGACCCUUCUAGAGAAAUGACUGUGUUCUACGGGCAGUACAAGUGCAGUGGAGCAGGGGCUAGUUUUGCAGGAAGGGUGUCGUGGUCCCGGGAGCUCACAGACGAGGAGGCCAAGCCCUUCAUUUCCCUCACUUUCAUUGAUGGAUCUGAGUGGAUCAAUUUUUGACUCUUCUUUUUUUUUUUUUUUACCUACACCUACAUGUAUUUACUGAUUAAUUUUUACAUUAUCGUAUAGAAUAUAAAUAUAUGUGUAAAAAACUCAUAGAAAUACAGGUUU